AUACUACUAUAUUCAGGAGACAUACGAAAAUGAAGUAAUAGGUUAAAAAUUGCUGAUUUUAUCGAGAUUUUAAAAUAACAAAACAAUGUUUGUAAGACAUUGAGAUUAGCAUGAGAAAAAGAGAUUAUAUCAAUGUCAGCGUCGACUCAAGACGCCAAGGUGCCGAAAUUUGUCAACUUUGUGACAGGUGGCAUGUCAGGAGUGAUAGCUCAGAUCGCAACGCAUCCUAUGGAUGUUCUUAAGAUACGCAUGCAAGUAUCGCGUGAUACUUUACGUGAUGCAGCAUUCCGCACACUUAAUUCGAGCGGAGUUUGCGGUUUUUAUUCGGGGCUGAGCGCGGCUCUUCUUCGUCAGUUGACCUAUACCACUAGCAGGCUUGGGAUCUACACGACGUUGCUGGAUAUCGGGGAACAACAAUUUGGCUAUUUAAAUUACGUUACGAUGAUUAGUCUCGGGAUGACUGCUGGCGUAAUUGGCUCAUUUAUCGGUACUCCUACGGAUUUGAUAUUGAUUCGCAUGGUGGCUGAUGAGAAUCUGCCACCAGAAAACCGAAGAAAUUAUAGGAACGCCAUUAGCGGCAUAUUUAAUGUAUGGAAAAGCGAGGGAUUCUCCGGAUUAUGGAGAGGAGCAAUACCAACGAUGGGUAGGGCAGCGAUCGUAAAUGGAGCGCAGUUAGGUACAUACACGAGAGCGAAGAUGUUGCUGCGAGACACAGGGUAUAUCCAAAACGAUAUACCACUGCAAUUUACCGCUGCCAUGAUGUCCAGCAUAAUUACAUGUUUUGCUUCGAUUCCGGUGGACGUAGCUAAAACUAGGAUUCAAAAUUGGAGACAACCUACGAAACCACCUGGUGUUAUAGCUAUGAUUAUUAAAAUUGCUAAAACGGAAAGCAUAAUAUCGCUGUGGCGCGGUUUUCUUCCUUAUUAUUCCAGAGCUGCGCCAAAUACCGUAAUUACUAUGAUCCCCAGUCGUACAGUCGUGUACGUUGCCUGUCUGACGAGACCGGCCGUUAAGCCAUUGUAA